GUUUCUUCUCGCAUUCCUAGGGUUUGUCUUCCUCGAUUUCAAUCCGAUCAACAUGCCUUCCUCUUCUCCAAUUCUUGUUUUCUGGUCUGGAUCUAAUUCGUCUUCGAAACGUUAUGGUUGCAGGGUUUUUGGGAUCAGACGAGCAAUGGACGAACAAGGCUCCGAUAACAUAAAGAAGUGGAUUGUGGUGUAUCCGGUCUACAUGAACUCCAAGAAGACCAUCGCCGAUGGCAGAAGAAUCGGCGCUCUGAAGGCUUGCGAGAAUCCUACUUGUAUUGAGAUUGCUGAUUGCUGCAAGCACCUCAGUCUCCGCUGUGCAAUAGAGCUUGAUAAAGCGUAUCCACGGGAUUUCAUGCAAAGAGGGAGGGUGAGAGUGUUGCUGAAAAGGGAAGAUGGAACGCCCUACAAUCCUUCAAUUCCUACCAGAAAAGAACUAAUGCUCCGUGUAGCUGAGUUGGUUCCUCGGCAUCCAGGACGAACCAGAAAGCAGGAACCUGCAUCUACAUCAAGCUCUGGAGCAUCCAAGUCUGAAAAGGGUAGAAAGAAGAAGAGGUAGUAGCUGUUACCGACGUCUUCUUUUUGACAGUGUAGGUCAUGCUAGAGCUGCAAUGAAUGUGAUGCCUGCAACUGUAUCUGAGAAAUCAGUUCACUGACACAUGUAUUUAGUUGUCUCUACAACCAUUGAGAGUGUACUUCACAGAUACUGAAAGAAACUUCUGAACCACCCUCCGGGUAGAAACCUGGAGUUUAUUAGUUUCAUUUGAAAAUAGAUGAAGUUGUCUCCUGCAGCAGGGUUUUCCAUUUGCAGUAUUACUGUCCAGUUAUGCCAAUGCUUGAACUUGGUUUAUCACAUUCAUUUUCAUUGCUCGAAUAUUUCAUCCACCUAAAUUGUGUAUUGAUUUAGUUACGGAGAAUGACAUUUGAAACAUUUUCGUAUUAGUAGGGUAAGGGUUGGUCACGGGGCAUAUGCUUCUUCUGCAUCUUUUCGGUUAGGCCACAAUGGCUGAACCACGUUUAAUCUCGCAUCCUUUUCGAUACAUACUUCUGCUUGUACAAGAACUGGGAGAUGUUUGGACAAAAUUAUCUCUGGCAAGACCAAAUUUUACAAGCUCCGGAAUGAGGACAAUGAAGUCUCCCAUGAAAUACUACAAUCAAAUCGAUUUUAAACACAAAGGAGGGAAUAGCUAUGAACUACACUAAUCAGUAGAAAAAGCUCAGGCCUUUUGGGUUGAGAAUCCCAGGAUGAAUUCCUUGACCUCCUCACUAGCUCUAUCAAGGGCUGUCCUUCCAUCUACAUCCUUCACAUUGUAACUUGCUCCUGCUCUUAAUAGCUCUUCCAGUUUCGGCUUAUCGCCCUCAGAUGCAGCUAGCAUCAACAAUAUGUCCACUGGAUGGAUGUUUUGGCUCAACAGUGCUUCCAUCUUGUCAUAGGUACCUUCAACAGCAAGCAUUCCCAUGUAGUUGAAGUACUGCAGAUUUAGCAGCCACCAUGAGUACAUAGAUUCAUAGGUAAACUUUUGCCUUAUACGAGACUAACUAAUAACUUGACGAUUGAGAUCAACAUAGUCAUUCUUCGUCACAAACUAUUCACGGUACAGUUUUGAAUGCCAUGGCACCUAGGUUUCCAAAAUGUACUCCCUCCUCAAUUCUCAUCCUAUGCCAAGUAUUGAGCAUAGGGUGUAGGAAAAUGCAGAGGGAACAAAGUCGCAAAAAGAACAAACUUAGGAUACUUCCACUUGAGAUUGCUGCAACCCUGCCAUUCCUGAUAGGAAGCAGCCAAUCUGCUCCCUGGUAUCCUCCUAGCACAAUGCCUGCACUGAUCCUCAGAAGCGAGACUUCGAAUUCGCGCUAAGCUACACGUUAUUGACCCACGUAUUAAUGCCCUCUCCCAUCGGAUUAAAGACUGUGAAACAUGGUUCGUAGUCGAUUCACACAAACAACCCCAAACCUAACCUAGGAUUCAAGAUUUCCUAUCCCUCUCCCACGUCCAAUUGACCUCUUAACAACCCCAAACAACUCGAAGAAUUAGCACUCUAGGCCCCAAGUUAUCUCCCAAAACAGAGCUUUCUGCUGCAGUUGAGCUGUCCAACUUUUCCAUGGCAUACAUUCACUGUUGCUCAACACCAGUGGGGAAAGAUAGAAAUUGGGUACACAAACGAAGUAAAACAGUAACAAACUAAGCAGACAAGCAUGUAAAACAGCAAUCAAGUUCACUACAAGAGAAUCACGAAAGAGGACCUGCUCGACAUCGUCUCUGUCAAAGUCGUCACGGGCCUGGCUGCCAUAGAUCCCAGCUCCUUCAGCAUCAACGCCAUUCUUGCCGAACUUAAACCAGCACUUCACUCUGGAGCCAUUGGAGGGUCCGAUACUGCAGGGUCGGACCCAGCUGCCCCGGUUUUGCAAACCCAGAAAGGAAGAAGCAAGCUUUGGAGCAGAGGGCCGAGGAUUGGGAUGUUUGGAAGAGAAUCGGUGGAGGUGGGCGAUACUAGUACAUGGGAUUGAAGCCAUUUUUUCUCUGCGGCUCUUUCUUUUCUUGGCGUUCCCGGGGAUUCACUUCUUCUCCCUCCUUAUCCACUCAAGAACUGGAAAGAAUGCGUCAUCCCUGGAGAGCAGAGCUGUAAGAAAGUGAAAGGAUAGGA